GCCAUGCUUGCCGAAGCCGACUCCAGCACUCAACCUGAGAUUGGUCUCCGAAAAUGUGAGAAGUGCAAUAAAGGACAGCAGGAAGGUCUCAAGCUAAGAAAAUGCGCUGGGUGUUCGAGCGUCAUGUACUGCAGCAAGGAAUGUCAGAAGGAGUCAUGGGCUAAGCAUAAGGCGUUUUGUCAACGCUUCAAAACGGAUGCGGCCUUCCUGGCCUUUCGCGACAUGGAGGCACAGCAGUUCGGAUACGAGUCCGCCGUGGCCCUCUCACAGGCGAUGACCGACUUCACGGAAGCGCACGCUUGGGCUCUCGAGCAUGCAACCAUCGCCCACUGCUAUCUUCGGAGCGGCCCGAGCAUGGACAUCGCUCUACAGGAACCGCGGACGGAGAUGCUCAGGUUCCGCUUCCAGUGCCAGACAACACCGGACACACCACGCGCUCAGCGGAACCCUUCGACGACGUUCAAACUCUUGGACCAAGGCUUCUUCCCCUUCUCGUACUACAUGGACGGCUACUCUCGCAAUUCCCAGCUCAUCGGCGACACCCUAAAACUCUGCCGGGACACCCACGAGAAGAACCUCAAGGAUCUCAAGAAGAGGCGCCCGGACUACGUCGGCGUCGUCCCUGUCAUGUACACGGACGUCACCAUCUCCGUGCAGCUCUACCUCAUGGUCCCGAUCUUCCGACCUCCCCGUCAACUCGUGAUGGAUAACUUCAUGAAGGCGGCGCUGCACGACUUUACGCGCUUCUGUGCAUGGACCAUCAACACUGGUAUACCGCUUCGCGCUGUCAACCCACGUACUGUUCCGUACUACGGACGCCCGGGGCGUGUCGUACGUCCAAAGGGAAAGGGCUGGACAUGGGAGCCGCUGUUCGACGACUGGGCCUCGUAUGAGGAGGACCGUGUGUCGUGUCGCCGUCUGCCGGGGCUGACGGAGGAGGGCCUGAUGCUCCCUCCGAAUGCGCUCAUGCGCGUGUAUUGCGCAUUCUAUCUCACCGACGAUGCUGGCUCCGAGAGGGUUUUGUCGGCGUACCGGUAAUGACGAGGCGCUGUUUUGCUCAGUGUGUCAUCGACCUGCCGUUCUGUUGUUAACGCGCUCCUAGGGUAUAGUUCCGAUGUCUAUUACUGACAGAACCAAGAAAUGUUUGUGGUGCCUACUGACACGAUGAUCG